AUGGCAUCCUUCUCAACUACGUCCACCGUCUCUCCCCGUGAUCUAAUCGACGAUCCAUUUCCGCCACUCAACCCUGCUCCACUUUUGGUAGUGUUCCAUGGUAGGUAUGACGAAUACCAACAGCGUCCUCAGCGAUUCCAUGAACCAGUCGGGUUUGCAUGUGAAAAAGUUGUAGAAGAGCUGCUCAAGAUAGCUGAGAACCUCAUCAUUCAUCCAAUUGCUAUACCCAUCGUUACUCGUAUAAUCUCGGGCAAUGAUCAUCCUCACGACCUCGUGGAGCCUGCUGUUCGCCGUGUAUUGGCAGAUUUCAAGAUCGCAAUCUGUCUGAGCAACAAAUGGUCAAAAAAGACUCUCGGAAUGCAUGCUCAAUUUCACUCCAUGAAAAGCCAAAAAUACCUUCGUGCCAAUGAAAGAGUCAUUUACCUGAACCGAUUUUUUGUAGAACGAUUGGUCAAAGCGAAAGCCGAUCGCUCGAAUCCGAAUCCAAAUGACUUCCAUAGGCAUAUCUUCAUCGCUGCGAUCCACUUGGCGCGUGAAUUAAUCCAUCUUUUGAGACGGCAAGUCCGCAUCUUACUAGGCCAGUAUCCUGAUGUACCAAUUCCUCCCCAUUGUUGUCAUGUAGGAAACUUUGACGAUGAUCAAGAUUUCGAAGUUCAAGGCGGCUGGAACUUUGAAGGAGAGCUGAUUCGAGGUCUCGUGUCCGCCAUAUGGUUCAGGAGUCAUACUCGCAACACUAGCCAUAGAUCCCGCGACGAAGACAGUGAUGGGAACAGCGAAGAACACAAUGACAACUCCAUCCUUCGCAGCACGAAUAGACCAAUUAGUCCAACCACUUUCGACGACUCUUUCUCCACUGACUACGAUACUCACUUACCGAGGGUGGAAAAGCAUUAUCCGUUUGAUCACAUUGUCAUCAAGAGACACAAUAUGUGUUACACGAUAAAGGAUUCUUGGCUUGAGAAUUUCUACACAUCGUUUGAGAGAGGCGGGUUCAGUGAAGUGCAAUUUCCCCCAGAGGUAAACCCUGUUCCGCUCAAUCCAAGCGAGCUCGAUAAGACGGUGCACUACAAUCACAAGCGGAUCCGAGAGGAUUAUUGUAUUAUCAUAAGAUGUACAGACGAUCGAACAGCGCACUACUAA